UCUGCCUUUCACAGAGGGAGAGAGAAAAAGAAAGACAAAGAAAGAAAGAAAUAGGGGUUUUCACUUCUCUUAUUCUUCCUUUUUUUCAAUCGACCCUUUUCUUCUUUUCAAUUUUCCACUCUCUCUUCUUCAACAUCAACUUCAUCAUAACAUAUCUCUUAAUCCAAACCAAACCCACUUCUGUUUCAUCUCUAAUUCUUUCAUGGAUCCACAGAUCUAAGUGCUUUCAGACAACCCACUUUGAUAUUUUGUACAACUUCAGAGAUCCCCUUCAUCUUGUUUCUCUUCUUCAGCUUUUGCUCAUUUAUGGGAGCUUCCAUUGAUGUGUUAACUGCUGGUGUAUGAUUCUGUGAUUUUAACCAUCAGAACAGCUGAAGAAAUUGAAUUCAGUGAGUUUAAAUUGAUUUUGUUCCUUAUAUUCAGAUGCGGAUAUUUUGGAGGGUUGUUUGGGUGAGAUGAGGGAUGUUCUCAGAGUUGAUGAACUUUCUGAGAGCUUGUUUUCGACCGAGGUCGGAUCGACAUGUACACAAGGGUUCCGAUGCUGGUGGUCGACAGGAUGGUCUCCUAUGGUACAAAGAUAGUGGGCAGCAUGCCAAUGGUGAGUUUUCAAUGGCUGUAGUUCAGGCUAACAAUUUACUUGAGGAUCAAAGCCAGAUGGAGUCGGGCAAUUUGAGCUUGCACGAGGCCGGGCCAUAUGGUACUUUUGUUGGUGUAUAUGACGGGCAUGGAGGGCCCGAGACAUCUCGUUAUGUAAAUGAUCACCUUUUCCAGCAUCUUAAAAGGUUUACUUCAGAGCAACAAUCCAUGUCAGUGGAUGUCAUACGGAAGGCAUUUCAAGCUACUGAAGAGGGGGUCAUUGCUCAAGUUUCGAAACAAUGGUCAAUGAGGCCACAAAUUGCAGCUGUUGGAUCUUGCUGCCUUGUCGGUGUAAUUUGUGGAGGAACCCUUUACAUUGCCAACCUUGGCGAUUCACGAGCUGUUUUAGGGAGAGUUGUAAAAGCGACAGGGGAAGUUUUGUCUGUUCAGUUGUCGGCUGAGCAUAAUGCAUCUAUAGAGUCUGUGAGGCAGGAGCUCCGUGCCCUGCAUCCUGAUGAUCCACAGAUUGUAGUCUUGAAGCAUAAUGUAUGGCGCGUUAAGGGCCUGAUACAGGUUUCUCGAUCUAUUGGUGAUGUCUAUUUAAAGAGAGCUGAGUUUAACCGAGAGCCUCUUUAUGCUAAGUUUCGCCUUCGUGAACCUAUCAAAAAGCCCAUACUGAGCGCCGAACCAUCUAUUUCAGUGCUCCAAUUGCAGCCACAGGAUCAAUUUAUUAUAUUUGCUUCAGAUGGGCUCUGGGAACACCUUAGCAAUCAGGAAGCUGUUGAUAUUGUCCAAAACCAUCCACGUAAUGGAAGUGCAAGGAGGCUGGUGAAAGCAGCACUACAAGAAGCAGCAAAGAAGAGAGAAAUGAGAUACUCAGAUUUGAAGAAGAUUGACCGGGGAGUACGGCGACAUUUCCACGAUGACAUCACAGUGAUUGUUGUUUUUCUCGACUCAAACCUUGUGAGCCGAGCUAGCUCUACAAAAUGUGCAAGCCUAUCAGUGCGAGGGGGUGGAGUUAACUUACGUCCAAACUCAUUGGCCCCCUGCACCACACCAUCAGACACUGGCAUGGCCUGAUUUGGCUAUAUCAUCUGAUGUUUGUUUGUCUGUUGCAUUGUUCUCAUAUGUGAAUACAAGGUAGCUUCCAACAGAGAUAAAAUGGAGCCAGGCAUCAAUCCUUUUACUAUACUUUGUAACUCUUAACUCAAAAAGAAGAAAAAAGAAAGAAAGAAAGAAAAAAGCUUCAGCUUUCUGUCCAAACCAAAGCAACUGAAGUAGACAGCUUCAAGUUGCCUGUAAUUGUAGCUAAUUCCUUGGCAUAUUUCAUAUCCUUCCCAUUAUUUUUUUUUAUCUUUUACCCAUUUUGCUCACUACUUAGCUCCUGUAAAUUGUAUGUAUGAUGACUAUGGAAAUUCAGUUUUGCUUGUUUUGAUCUGUGUCAAUUCAUGCUGAACUGCCUAAUGUGUUAUUACAUCUUUGCUUAUUUAUGAAGCCACUUGAAUGGUUGAUUGUUA